UUGGAAGCUCAGGUAAUGUUACAGUUUUACCUCACCUUCUAAAUCACACAGGCUUCUUAAACGCAAGGUCCAGUCCUUCGUCUCAAAAAGACAGGAGCAACGGAACACAAACUCUGAAGCUCUCGACCAUGGCGUCUGUUGUUGGACACGGACGACAACCACCAGCCAAACGGCAGCGACAGGCGGGUCCUGUUCACACUGAAAGCAGUCUUCGUGUUCCUCGUGGUGUUGCUGCAAGCACUGAAGAUGAAGCUACAGCCAAGCGCAAGUUGAGAGAGGCAGAAUUUGAUCCCAAUGAUUGUCGUUCCGCCAUUUUUCCACCAACGACACUGUGGCCGCCUGGAGUUGACCUGUUUCAUUCCAUCACACCAAUGACAUACUUCUGUUUCUAUGGUGACCUUCCCAUGUGCCGGUACGUUCACAGUCAUGGUGGGGCUACCACCAGAGCCGGUGGGGAGUUUUGGUUUCCAAUGUACGCAGCGAUUUUCAAAGGCAACAUGGAGGUUGUGCAGUGGUUGUUUCAAAAUGGAGCCAAGGAAGACGUUGUGGCAAAGAAUUCCCGCAACCUCAGCCCCUGGUGUGUGUGUUGGAACAAUUGUGAUUCUUCCUGUGAUUCUGUUUGGAGGGCCAAGCGCUUGACAAUUGCAAAGUGGCUGUUGGUGCAAGGAGCCAUUGGGCUCGAUGCACGCGCAUUGGCAUGCAACCUGAAGAGCGAAGGUAUAGAUGGAAGGUGGAAAGAUCAUCGUCCUCAGGCUCUAUCGUGGUCAACGGGUGUCAUUCAAACCCAUGAUGCUUUUCAAACAUUUCUCAUGGGAACAUUGGUUGCCCCAGACUUUUCCAUGAAGGCUCUGCAUGCCAAAAUGGUGUCAAAGCUCGGCUCGAAGGAUGCAGCAGACAUUUUUGUUGAGAGUGCUGGCAAUGAGACAGGAAAGGUACUGUGGGAAAAGAUGAUGGAACCGCGCAAGGAAUCCCCUGUUCAGCUUCUGAGUGGCAAUGUUGGCGUGUUGAGAUCCAUUGCUGAUUUUGUGGGAGCAGUUGCCUUGAGUGCCGGAGAGCUUCAAACCCAUCGCCGACUGGCAAAGCAGUUGCCUCAAAGUUGGAUUGAGUAUCCCAAUGACGAAUUCCGUGUCGCAGAUGGGUCGGACUUCUCUGACGAAGAUGACGGGGACUACUAAGAAAGGGAUCGUUGCCUUCCCUCCUUGUGUUUCCGUCACUUGGGGACAUUCUGGACAGCCAGGCUGGACACAAUCUGCCUUGCCUGGACUACUGGUAUUAUUAUUGAAUUGAAAGAAAGCUUGUGAAAUGGCAUAACGUAACACUGGUUGUUAUCACG